AGCUACAGAGUUUACGUAGCUUUCUUUUUUCCCCCUCUUCUCCUCCGUGGUUUGGAGACGAAGCUGUCACAGAAAUGGGACUAGCCCCGCUGGAAUUCAGUGAGUGCUAUCUGGACAGCCCCAGCUUCAGGGAGAAAAUCAAGGCACAAGAAGCUGAGCUGGACAAAACCAACAGGUUCAUCAAAGAGCUCUACAAAGAUGGGAAAAACCUCAUCAAUGCGACUAAACAGCUCGGGAUGGCUCAGCGAAAGUUUGCCCAGUGCCUGGGAGAGUUUCAGUUUGAGUACAUCGGCGAUGCAAAAACUGACGAUGAGAAAUGCAUUGAUGAGUCUUUGCAAGAGUUUUCCAUGUUCUUGAAAAAUCUAGAGGACCAAAGAGAGCUGAUGAUGCGAAAUAUCACAGAAACUUUAAUGAAACCCCUCGAGAAGUUCAGGAAGGAGCAGCUUGGUAACGUGAGGGCGGAAAGAAAAAGGUAUGAAAAAGAAACAGAAAAGUACUACAGCUCCCUGGAGAAGCUUUUAAAUUUGUCGGCAAAGAAGAAGGAGCCUCAGCUGCAAGAGGCAGACAGCCAGGUGGAAGUCAUCAGGCAGCACUUUCAGGAGGAAUCACUUGAAUAUGUGUGCAAGCUGCAGGAGAUCCAGGAGAGGAAGAAGUUUGAUUGUGUGGAACCUAUGCUGGCUUUCUUUCAGACUGUAUUCACCUUUUAUCACCAGGGAUAUGAACUUGCCAAGGACUUUGACCAUUAUAAAACGGAGCUGCAGAUCAAUAUUCAGAAUGUAAGAAAAAAAAAAACAGGUCAAAAUUUGUCUCUCAAAAUUCUGUUGUAACUUGUGAAAACCAACAAAUAUUAUGAAAGAUACCUUUCACAUUUAAUUUUCCUGUGUUGUAUAAUUUGUUCAGGACCACCCCCCUUUGGUUCAAGCUGGGUCAAACGCUACUGCACUUUUAUCAAAGAGCAGAAGAUUCUGCACAUGGUGACUUUUGACCACAGAUCAGGUGGAAAGAUUGGUGAGACGGAGUCCGUCACACUCAAAUCCUGCGUUCGCAAAACAACAGACAUAUUGGACAGGAGAUUCUGCCUUGAGCUGGACAUAACAGACAGGCCUGGGACGGUGCUCACUGUGCAGGCGCUGUCAGAGGAUGACCACAAGCUUUGGAUGCACGCCAUGGGAGGGAAGGAACCUAUUGGUUGCCAUCUUGGAAGAACUCUCUCUAAGGAAAGAGGAAUCGAUGCCCAGUUGGAUGACAUGGGUUUAAGUUUUGUGAAGAACUCCAUCACUGCAAUAGAAACGAGAGGUAUUAAUGACCAAGGUCUGUACAGAGUUGGGGGUGUAAGCUCCAAAGUCCAGAAACUACUUUCAUUAAUGAUUGAUGAGAAGAGUAACGAAGUGGACCUAUCAGCCAGUGAAGACUGGGAUGUCAAGACAAUAACAAGUGCACUAAAGCUCUAUCUGAGGAGCCUACCUGAGCCGUUGAUGACCUAUGGACUUUAUAAGGACUUCAUCAGCCCAGCAAAGGGCGGCAGUCCCGAGUCUCGCAUCCAAGCCAUCCACCACUUGGUCCACAAACUCCCGGAGAGGAACCGACAAGUCCUCGGGCUGCUCAUGAAGCAUUUGGCCAACGUUGGAGCUCACAGCAAACAGAAUCUGAUGACAGUCGCCAACCUGGGCGUGGUGUUUGGUCCCACGCUAAUGAGGCCGCAGGAGGAGACCGUCGCUGCCAUCAUGGAUCUCAAGUUCCAAAACAUUGUUGUGGAAAUCCUCAUUGAACACCAUAAAAAGAUCUUCACAGAUUCUCCAGAAUUAAGCCCUCUGUCACCUGCUGGCCCAGUGUUAUCUGCUCCCACAAGGCAGUCCAAGAAAGUGAGUCGACAGAAUCGGCCUUUAGCCGUCUACAAUCCACAAGUCCUUGACAUUCAGAAUGCAGCGGGAGACGGUUCCGUGCUGACAGCAGAUGAAACCUCGAUGGGCAGCAACGAGUCCGUGUCGUCCCAGUCGUCGUCGGCCUCCACCUCAGAGCUGGAGAAAGCAGACCACCCAACGUUCACCACCAGCUUCAGCUCAGGCAGCAACUCUCGAUGUCCUCAAGCAUCCUUUUCUGCAUCUGGAGCUACUGGGGACAGUCUAACUGCUGCAACAACAGCUGGUACUGACAAAGAAAAGCAGGAGCAGAGUGUCACCAACAGGAAAGCCAAGGCAGUGUACCCAUGUGAGGCCGAGCACGAGACGGAGCUCUCCUUCCAGGUCGGAGCAAUAUUCAGCCAUGUGACCCCGUCGAGAGAGCCCGGCUGGCUGGAGGGGGAGCUGGAAGGAAAGAGAGGCCUCAUCCCUGAAAACUACGUGGAGAUGCUGUAAAAAAGAUGACGAAGAUAUUUAUAUAACGUUUUAUCACACCAAGGAUUCACAGCAAAGCUUCUCUCCAAGUAAUAAUAUCAGACAUUUUUACAGGUAAAUCAUCCCAGACUCCACUACACAAACUUUGACGGCCACGUAGACAUGACGACACAUUUUAGAGCUUGUUUUAGUUAAUUAAAUAGUCAGGUGUUCAAAUUGAGACAUUGCAUUUGUGCAGCAGGGUUUGCCUCGCGGUGUUCUGCUGUACAUUACAUGCUGUAAUUGUAGUAUCCAAGGAAUUUAGCAGCAGCACCAGAGAAAAGGUGUCUGCCUGAGCUCACUCUCCUCUGCUCUGUUAUACAUGGUAUCCAUGAGCUCAAAGUCAAAGGGAGAUCCUCGGAAACUCCAGCACUCAACCUGCUUUAAUCUUUUACCCCUUCCACCAUUAAUUGUAGACUUUUAUUUUUUACUAGAUUAGAAAUACCCGUGUGCCUUAAUCACAGAAACACAGAGUGGUGUUUGUCUGUUUACGGGUAUGUCUGAAACCAGUUGGAGUGAGGCUGCUCUCACCCAUAAAAUGUUUUAUUUGCACCCUUUGUUAUGAAAACAAGGCACGUCGCCGCUAUAAUUUAAUUAAAUUGGCACAUUUAUUGCAUGAGAUUUGUAUUUCGAACACACUUUGUUCUCCGUUUGUUGUUGAUGCACUUAGAAAACCAGUGAAUUUGCCUGAUGAUUUUUCAUGUUGAACACUAGCAGUUAUCAGGGUCAUCAGAGACUGAAAGCCAAGUAUCUUUCCUUUCUCAACGUUGCUCCAGUUCUGAGCAGAAAAAACAUGAUACACUCCAACAAAGCUGAAUUUUAAGUACCUCAGAAUGUUUUACGUUUUAAACUUGUGCUGUGUUUGUGUUGGAGAUAUAAAAAUGGUUACAACCAAGUGCAUUUCAUUCUGUUGUGUGGUUGACUGGUUUUAUCUUUUGCUUAGGCUGGUUUCAGUCUGCAUAUAUGUAACAUUGCAUUUUAUCUCCCCAGUUCUUGUGCUAAACACUGUAAUUUCUCUGUGAGCUUUGGUUUAGCAUGCUGUUUUCAGCUGUGGUUGCAGUAAUUUAAGAUGAUUCUUGGCAUUAUUGAAGGCCUUUCACUUGUUUUUUCUACUUUGCUGCAUCUUGUUGAUCAAUGUUGAAAAAUAAAGAUUUUUUUUUUUUUU